UCCCGGGACGCCGGCGGGGCGCUGUUUCUGUUUCACAGGUGGAGGAGAAGCGCCCGGCCGCGCGCGUUGGGAUGCACAGCCGUUACCGCGCCAUGGGUUUGCCCGCCGCCGGAGACCGCGUGCUGCUCCUUCUACUCGCCUUCGGCUUCAGCCACGAUGCCCUGGUGCGCGUCGUCGGCGCCAUCGAGAUCACCAAGCUGACCGUUCCGCGAGUGGUCGAGAGCGGCCGGCAAGGCCCGUUCGAGCUCGACUGCCAGUACCGCUGCAACGAGUCCGACUCGAAGCUGGUGGUCAAGUGGUUCUUCAACGGCGAGACGCAGCCCUUCUACCAGUGGAUCGCCGAGCUAGAGGACCCCGUGGUGACGGACCGCUACGCUGACGUCAUCGACAUGGACAGAUCGCACGCGCCGGGUGGCGCCGAGGCCUGCAACGUGCACACGUGGCACCUGCGCCUGGUCAGGCCCACCAUCGACAUGAGCGGCAAGUACCGCUGCGAGGUGCUCACGCUCGCCAACCAGGACAGCGCCGAGGCGUCCAUGAUGGUGUUCGCGCCGCCAUCGACGUUCCACUUCAACUACACCAAGUCGAGCUCGGAGCGUGCCACGCUGCUUUGUGAGGUCGACGGCGCGUUCCCGAUGCCGCACCUGAAGAUGUACCGGCUCUUACCGGACUCGGACGACGACAAGGCGGAGCUGGUCAACGUGCAGCUAACGACCGAGCGCAGGGACGGCCUGUACCGCGCCGCCAUGACGAGCGAGGUGCUGGACGCCAGCCUGCCGCAGGACGAAGAGACAGUGUUCCUGUGCAGCUACACCUUCAAGGAGAUCAAGUACCACCGCUUCCAGAGGCUCGUAUACGUCCCCGGCCGACCGGUCAGGGCCGUUGGAAGCCAUAGUGCCCGCUCCAUGAACAGAGACCCGCAUGGUGCGCCUGCUGAAACAGAUGAAAACAUCACAAACUCUGCAAGGUGCUUGAAGCCACUUCUGCUGACUUUGCUACUGAGUCUGAUUCUCGGCCUCUCCUAGCCGAGUGCUGCUUUGUUAUCAAGACGGCGCAAACCCUACUUUCGUCCAGUCUAGCCCAUCCUGAGCCGACUUCAGCAGAAGGGAGUCUUCAACAUCGAACCCUUCUCACUCGACCCGAAAAGGACGUCAAGCGACAUAUUCAAGACGUGCCUUCCUUCCUUCCUUCCUUCGAUUCGUACAGAUCGCGGCACCUCCUGUGACGCGCGUCACCGUUUUAAAUGAGGUUCCAGAAACCAUCGUCCCUUGAGGACAGAAUUUGAGAGGGAGCGCAUGACAAGGCGUCCUUUCUUUCUUUUUCUUUUUUUUAAGCGAAAACCAAAGAGGCUUCCCAUGCCAGAGUUGUACAGUUUGUAACCAAGAAUUAAGGCUUACAUUGUGUGUCCUGCAAGACCUUCUUCUUCAUUUUUUUAACUAGCCCUUUGGAAAACAUUUGUUGCGCAUAAAUGUGUGAUGAACGAUACGAAACGAUAUUUAGUAACCGCCACCGCAACAACGGCAAGGUUGAGCAAUGCGUUAUUAUUGUCGCAUAAACCCUGCGGCUUCGAGAUCGAAGUUAUCGUAUUCGAGAAGCUGCAGUUUAGAUGUGACGCUACAACAUAGGCACUGUAAAGAAUAUUUAUUGCACUCGAGUACUUUAUCGCGCUAUCUACGGCACACGAUAUACUUAUUUUUUAGUUUUCUAUCAAGGUCGACAAGUUCGAGUUAAGUAAGCUUGGUGUCUCAGCUGCAGCCUCCCAGAAAGCAGUAUCCUUUCUUCGUGCCCAUUCGCGUAUAACUUAGCAGCUUUCAACUAACGCACUGAAAUAACGUACCGCAACUAUGCACGCUUCUCAAUUAAAGAAGACGCACUGCGCCUGCGGCGCUCAGCGCAGUUCAUCACUCCGCUUCUGUUCACGACGACUACGUGGCGAAAAUAGAACGUAAGAAUGAAAUUAUCAUUCAGCGGUCACGUCGAGGCUUGUUCACAAGUGCUGGUGGUCUCAAACACGAAACAGUUCUCGUAAGGCAGCGUUUGAAGGUUCAACGUAGUCGUGUAUAGUAAGUGUUUGUCCCUUUGUUUUGUCCCGAAAUAUGCUAGUCCUUGCCGAAGCCGUCCCUUCGUGUAUAUUAGUAAUAUAUUAUGGUCUGCCAGACACUGUCCUCACACCAUCUCCUAACAUAAAUGUAGAUCAGUGUCCUUGGAUGUCAAGCACUUCGCUUUAUAUUCGUUUCUACCAACGCAAGAAAGAAGUGAGCUCGCUUUAACACAUACAUAAACUCAGGCAGAUUUAAACAGUCCACACUCUGUAACCUGAAAUACUGUUCCUCGUUAUCUUUCCAUGUAUUAAUCAGACUCGCAAAAAUACCGUAUUUGCAUUAUUCUAACGCGCACUUUUUUU